AUGAACGCGAAGCUCACGGCAUUUAUACAAUCUGGCCAGCCCUUCCAAGAGGCACAGUUUGAUCUCUUCGACUGGUACCCCAAGUACCGAUCCUGUCUUGACUUCUUCCUCGAACGCGGCCAGCACACAACCGCCGUUCAGGCCGUUGCCGCCAUCAUCAACAUCAGGCUCCCCUUCCAGCACGCCCCAGGCUUGCCGCGGCAUUCCGCAACCUCGGGCUCGACUGCACCCACGGGCCCGCCAUUCCCAGGCAACGCCGACGCCUCGAUAUCCCUUGUCCCCUACGUCCGUCGCCUCGUUGCGACCGGGUUCGACACCAUCGCCAUCCUCCACGGCUUCUUCGGCGACGGCUGGGACGCCGGUGUCGGCCCUAUUCACGACAACGAGCGGAGGAACUACCUUUUCGCGGCCAAGAGCGAGACCUGGCUGCGAGUCAAGGCCAGCUACGACCUGGAGGACGGCCAGAUGGUGCCCUUUUUGCGCCCGCUGCAGGCCGUCACCGAGAAGGAGAUUCAGGCCGCGGAGGCGAGCUGGAGUGAAUGGCUGGCCAUGCAGGACUGGAUGCUGGGACCUCGUGCACCGUCUGACGGCCAUUCUCAGAUGCCGCAGGGCCAUUGA